CCGAGGAGGGGCCGAGCCGCGGGGGAUCCUGGACUCGCAGGGAGGGGGACUCGGGGAGGAAACGCGCGUCCCCGGCCCCGCCGGCGGCUCCCUCCGCCCCGCACCCGCCUACGAUGCGCCGCCGCGGCCGGGAACAUGCUGGGCAUGUACGUGACGGACAGGUUCUCCCUCCGGUCCUCCCGCGUGCAGGACGGGAUGGGGCUCUACACGGCCCACGGCGUGAGAAAGGGUGAAAAGUUUGGACCCUUUGCUGGAGAGAAGAGAAUGCCUGAAGAUCUGGAUGAAAAUAUGGAUUACAGGCUGAUGUGGGAGGUGCGCGGGAGCAAGGGGGAGGUGCUGUACGUCCUGGACGCCACUGACCCGCGCCACUCCAACUGGCUCCGGCUCCUGCACGAGGCGCCCUCCCAGGAGCAGAAGAACUUGGCCGCCAUUCAGGAAGGGGAAAACAUUUUCUAUUUGGCAGUUGAAGACAUAGAAACGGACACAGAACUCCUGAUCGGCUACCUGGACAGCGACAGGGAGGCCGAUGAGGAGGACCAGCGCAUCAUGCCGGCCCUCACGGAAGGGGAGGCCGAGGAUUCUGAAUCCGCCGCCGGCAGAAAAGGUCGCGCUGGCCGGGGAGAGGACUGCGCCUGCCUGCACUGCGAGUCGAGCUUCGCCAGCGAGGACAUCCUGGCCGAGCACCUGCAGACGCUGCACCAGAAGCCCACGGAGGAGAAGGAAUUCAAGUGCAAAAACUGUGGGAAGAAAUUCCCCGUUAAGCAGGCUUUGCAGAGACAUGUUCUUCAGUGCACAGCGAAAAGCAGUCUGAAGAAUUCCUCGCGAGGUUUUCAGUGCUCUGUUUGCAAUUCCUCCUUCAGCUCAGCAUUGAGCUUUGAGCAGCAUCAGGGAACGUGCCGGGGUGAUGCCAGGUUCGUGUGCAAGGCCGGCAGCUGUGGGAAGAGGCUGAAGAGCAAGGAUGCCCUGAAAAGGCACCAGGAAAAUGUCCACACUGGAGAUCCUAAGAAAAAGCUCGUAUGUUCUGUGUGCAGUAAAAGGUGUUCGUCAGCAUCAAGCCUACAGGAACACAGAAAGAUUCACGAGAUAUUUGAUUGUCAAGAAUGUAUGAAGAAGUUUAUUUCAGGCAAUCAGCUGAAACGUCAUAUGAUCACGCACUCAGAAAAACGGCCCUACCAUUGCGAGAUUUGUGACAAGUCUUUCAAGCGGCUGGACCAGGUGGGUGCCCACAAGGUGAUACACAGCGAAGACAAACCUUACAAGUGCAAGCUCUGUGGAAAGGGCUUUGCCCACAGAAAUGUUUACAAGAAUCACAAGAAGACCCACUCUGAGGACAGACCAUUCCAGUGCGAGGAGUGCAAGGCUUUGUUCCGGACCCCGUUUUCUUUGCAGGGACACCUACUGAUACAUAACAGUGAGAGGACUUUCAAGUGUCAUCACUGCGAUGCUACCUUUAAAAGGAAGGAUACGUUAAAUGUUCACGUCCAAGUGGUCCACGAAAGACACAAGAAGUACAGGUGUGAGCUCUGUAAUAAGGCGUUUGUCACACCGUCAGUGCUUAGAAGUCAUAAGAAAACUCGUACGGGAGAAAAGGAGAAAGUCUGCCCGAAGUUCGCCAGCAGUGGGACCCUGAGGGUCCAUAUCCGCAGCCACACAGGCGAGUGUCCCUACCAGUGCCCCUACUGUUAAAAAGGGUUCAGUAAGAACGACGGGCUGAAGAUGCACAUCCGCACCCACACCAGGGUAAGGCUCUCGUUCAUGCCGAUCAGGUAAACCACACUUAUCUCAAAAGAAAUGUGUAUUGAGCUUUCCAUGAGACAAUAAAGGUGAUCUAUCUGAAAUUCUAUGUUUAUAUUCAUGGUGGACAUUGGAGGAUCUUUCUAAAGGCAAAACAAUGGAAAAGAAACAGAAAUUCAAAUCCCAAGGGGUUCCCCAUUCUUUGAAUUGUGAAUCAAUUUUCAGGAAUUAUAAAGGACCAACUGCCCCCCAUACCCAUUUGGUUGUUUCUCAUAACUUCUUUUCCUUUCCUGAAAUUUUUAAGGUUUUCAUUUGUUUCCAGACAAUUCCUAAUUGCUUAUUGGCAUGACCUCACUCAGUCUCAUUGUAGCUGGGGCAGCGUAGAGGUUCAGUUGCCUGCUGGGCCCUGCUGACAACAGAAGUAUGGGAAAUGGAAGUGCUGAUUAGCCUGGACUCUACUAUCUUGUCAGUGUGUUGAUUCUGGGUUGCAGUGGUGGCUCAGCUUCCUACUUGUCUCCAGUGACUCCAGGGUAGGGAAGGUGACACUCACCUUGCCUCUCAGUGUGUGGGACUCUUUCUUAUUGAGUUGAGGUGGAGGCUCAGCUUCCUGCUGAACUCCAGUGCCAUCAGGGCUGCAAAGAUGACACUAGCUCUGCUUCACACUGUCUUGGUAAGUCUUUUGCAUGCUGGGUGGGUGUGGGGGCUCAGGUUCCCUCUGGACCCCAUUGAUACUACAUUGCCAAGGGAACUGUAAAAUUAUUUCCUUUUGUCAGGCAGGGGAUGGAGAACAGCUUCCUACUUUGUCUGUUGCUACCACUCCAAAGUGAAAAUCAUAAUGCCUACUUUUGCCAGAUGGGAAAUAGAAGAUGAGCUCCUUCGUUGGUGCCAGUAAUACCAGCAGGCAAGAACAUCAGAGCACGGCUGCUUCUGUUCAGUGGAUACGAAGUAGAUAAUCUGCUCCCCAAUGGACUCCACUGAAACCAUCCUGGUAUUUCAUUGCAGUUGGUGGUCCUGAUUGGAGGCUUCCGCAGCACUCUCUCCAGAGCAUAUGCGAAGAAAAUGAAGACCCAAGGAACUCAUCAUUGUGUUAUUCCCCACACCACAGGAUUUUUGCGCUUUCAAUGUGAUGAAGUUGAACACUAUAAGUGAGAGAUUGAAGAAAGCACAAGAAAGGCACAAGCAGCAUCUGAAGAAUACAGAGAACUUCACUUAGAAGUCAGAUGGAACUCAGAAUGAAAGAUCUUGAAUCUGAAGUCUCCAACAGGAAAACUUCUUGAGAAGUCUUUCAUUAUAUUGAAUUGGGAAAAUACAAGCACCUCUAUCAAUUAGAAUUGGAAGCUAGAAAAUACUUGUCAAACAAAAUUAAAAAUCUUCACAGAACUACUGAGAGACUAGCAGCAUUCAGUAGCAAUCUUUUUGUGGAGACAGGAGACCAGAACUUUCUUUACCACUCAUGGACAGUCCUAUAGUCACGUCCUGGUGGCAAUCUUAAUAAUGGUUUAGGUCUUCACAGAGAAUUUACUUCAAAAGAAUACUCAACGUUCUCUCUUUCCUGCCCAUGGACUUCACAUACCAGCAUGAAGAACAACUUGAGUGAGGUGCUGCUGGAUACUCUCCUGUGGAAGAGCUUCCUCUCUAGAUUCACUGAUGAGUCAAAUCUAAAUGAAGACAUUCUUU